CAUGGACAAGGCCUGCUGCCAGAGCCUGAGCUAGGACCACCUCCCAAGGACCGCCCAGGCCCCCUCUGCUCUGACCCUUCUGCUGGCAAGUCUGGGCAUCCGCAAGCGCCAGAAGGAGGGAGCUCUCAGCCAGGCAAAACCAACACCGCCGUCACCAUGACAACCACUCACCAGCCUCAGGACAGGUACAAAGCCGUCUGGCUUAUCUUCUUCAUGCUGGGUCUGGGGACGCUACUCCCAUGGAAUUUUUUCAUGACAGCCACUAGGUAUUUCACAAACCGCCUGGACGAGUCCCAGAACGUGUCCUUGGUCACUGUCGAGCUGAGCAAGGACAUCCAGCCCUCAGCCACCCCCACAGUGCCCUCCCCAGAGCGGAACUUGCUCAGUGCUGUCUUCAACAAUGUCAUGACGUUAUGUGCCAUGCUGCCCCUGCUGUUCUUCACCUGCCUUAACUCUUUCCUGCAUCAGAGGAUCCCCCAGUCUGUUCGGAUCCUGGGCAGCCUGGUAGCCAUCCUGUUGGUGUUCUUGAUCACUGCUGUCCUGGUGAAGGUGCAGCUGGCCGCCCUACCCUUCUUCGUCAUCACCAUGGUCAAGAUCGUUCUCAUCAACUCGUUCGGUGCCAUCCUGCAAGGUAGCCUGUUUGGUCUGGCCGGCCUCCUGCCCACCAGCUACACUGCCCCCAUCAUGAGUGGCCAGGGCCUGGCAGGUAUCUUCGCCUCAGUGGCCAUGAUCUGUGCCAUUGCCAGUGGCUCAGAGCUGUCAGAAAGUGCCUUCGGCUACUUUAUUAUCGCCUGUGGGGUUAUUGUUUUAGCCAUCAUCUGUUACCUGGCCCUGCCCCGCCUGGAGUUCUACCGCUACUACCAGCAGUUCAAGCUUGAAGGGCCUGGGGAGCAGGAGACCAAGUUGGACCUCAUUAGUAAAGGAGAGGAGACAGGAGCAAACAAAGAGGAGUCCAGAGUUGCAGCCCCCAGCUCUCAGCCCACCAACAGAGGCCACUCGAUCCGAGCCAUCCUCAGAAACAUCUUAGUCCCGGCUCUCUCUGUCUGCUUCAUCUUCACGGUCACCAUUGGGGUGUUUCCCGCCGUGACUGCUGAGGUCCGGUCCAGCAUCGCGGGCACCAGUGCCUGGGGAGACUACUUCAUUCCCGUGUCUUGUUUCUUGACUUUCAAUGUCUUCGACUGGCUGGGCCGGAGCCUCACAGCUGUAUUUACAUGGCCUGGGAAGGACAGCCACUGGCUGCCAAGCCUGGUGCUGGCCCGGAUGUUGUUUGUGCCCCUGCUGUUGCUAUGUAACGUCCAGCCCCGCCGCCACCUGGCUGUGGUCUUUGAGCACGACGCCUGGUUCAUCGUCUUCAUGGCUGCCUUCGCCUUCUCCAACGGCUACCUCGCCAGUCUCUGCAUGUGCUUCGGGCCCAAGAAAGUGAAGCCGGCUGAGGCAGAGACAGCUGGAGCCAUCAUGGCCUUCUUUCUGUCUCUGGGCCUGGCACUGGGGGCUGUCUUCUCCUUCCUGUGCCGGUCCGUCGUGUAACCGUGGACGGAUGGAAGGGCUGCCCUGACCACCUGCUCCCGCGCCCUUUCUUCUCCUUCAGGGAUGGGCCGGGGUGGUCUGGAGGUUUUCUCUUUUCGCCAGCUUCUGCUUUCUCACGCCUGUUCUGGGCCUGGGUGUCCAGGCCCCGAGGAGGGAGCGUCUACGGACGGACAGUGGGGACAUUGUGAGCCUGAGGGUCAGAAUCAGGGGGGGGCACACGGGCUCUGCAUCCGCUCAAGGCCCCUUCAGCCACCGCCCCCACACACGCUUGGCUCCGACUGAUCCCUGCUGGAGCAGGGCAGCAGA